GUCAUGGACGCCGUGUCGCUGCUGUCUGCCGAUCUUGCUGCAAUAUGCAUCGAGAGCUUGUUCUACGGGAUCUUUCUGGUUCUGUCCAUUGCAUCACUCUACAUCCUGACGCGACGCGGGAGGGAAACAUCGGAUCCCCGGAUAGGUGGUACCACACUGUGGAGCAUGAUAACCCCAAUGUCGCUGGCAGCUGUGAGCUUAUUCAUGACGAACAUGGCGCACUGGAUUAUCAACGUAUAUCGCAUAUUCCAGGCAUUCGUCAUUCUUGAUGAUGAGACGAAACGCCUUGAGUUCAUUGGCGAUCUCCCGCAACCCUCUGAAGUUUGCAAGCUUUCUGUCCUCAUGGCAUCGCUGAUCAUUGGUGACAUGAUGCUGGUGUAUCGGCUAUGGGUUGUAUGGGCGUAUAACAAAGUUGUGACAUUUCCCCCACUGUGUAGCUUAUUGGGCUUGAUCGUGUGUGCAAUCGGAGCUCUCUAUGAGAUCUCACGGGCAUACGAAGGAGAGUCUCUCUUUGCGUCUGCGCCUGGCGAUUGGAUCACAGCGAACUGCGUGUUCACACUCUGUACAAACGUGUACAGUACUGGAUUCAUAGCCUGGAGGAUCUGGCGUGCCAACAAAGAGGCAAGACGUUUCGGCGGAGUCAAUCUGAUGGGUGUGUUGGGUAUUCUCGUCGAAAGCGCCGCUCUUUAUACCGCUUGGACCAUUCUGUUCUUCGUCACCUUCCUCCUUCAAUCCAACCUCGCGUUCUUCUUCAGCGACACAUACUCUGCUAUAGCCGGCAUCGCAUUCAUGCUUAUCAACGUUCGGGUGGGCAUGGGUUGGGCGCCGCGAGCAACCAUACGCUCUGCGCUCUCAUCUAGCAUCGGGCCCUUCUCCCCGGGAGCGAAUGGGCCAUAUAGCAUGGGACGUCUCACGGUCAACGUUACCAAGGUCAUACAUCGCGAUGAUGGCAUUGACCCACCUAUCAAGUUUGCUUCAAACAGUAAUCUCGAGCUUCCUGGACCGAGGGUACAGGGUUCAGCGGCAUAGGUGUCGGGAGUUUAUUGUUCACGUACCGUUCGUAGAUAGCAUGUCAGACUUGUCCUAAUACGUGAUAUGGAACGG